GACCAUAGGGUCCUGCUCCGUUUCAAAAGGACCCGCGUGGGGGACACAGGGAGCCGACACUUGCGUUCCUGGGGGCCCUUGGUGUGUGUGGGGGAACUGCACCCCUCCGUCAAGUGCAGGGGCAUCUGGAGGUGCUUCUGCCCCGACAGCCCCCCACGUAGGCGCUCCGGCACCUCUGAGCUCCUAAGGGCCCUAGAGGCGCUCCUCAACGCAUCCGCAACCUUUCAUAACCGCUUCCAUCACGAUGCGGAUCGCCACCUGCCUGAGACAAGAGGCUUGAAGCUCCCGGCGUAAGCACCGGCGGAAGAACUUGCUUGAAGCAAGCCCAGGGAGCUCAGUGACAGCCCCGCCCCUCACCCUCCUAGGCCCGCCCCUUCCGCCCCCUGGGGCGGGGCUAAGAGCGGCUUGCCCCGGAAGUCCGGAACUGAGCCGAAAAUUAAGCGCCGCUGGGCGCUGCUCCUCCCUUCUUCGGCGCGCGACAGCGUCCUGGUCUUCCGCGCCCCAAUUUGGAUGUUCACUCCCAGCUCUUACGAGCUCCUGAGUCCCCACCCCAUUUCCCCAGCCCAAUUUCAGCUGCAAAUUACUGCAGAACCUGAAGCCAGGAAAGGAACCUAUUUCCCGCUCCGGUCUGCCCCUCUCCGGACCCGGCGAGGCCCAGGUGAGGUUCUCGCCCGCUUUCCAGCCUCACCUUCCACACUCCCCUGCCCGUCCCCCGGGGUUCCUCCGCCGCCCGACCAUGGCCCAGAAGCCGAAGGUAGACCCCCACGUCGGCCGGCUGGGAUACCUGCAGGCGCUGGUCACGGAAUUCCAGGCGACCGAGAGCCAAGACGCCAAGGAGCAAGUACUGGCCAACCUCGCCAACUUCGCCUAUGACCCCAGUAACUACCAGUAUCUGCGGCAGCUACAGGUCCUGGAUUUAUUCCUCGAUUCACUGUCGGAGGAGAAUGAGACCCUGGUGGAGUUUGCUAUUGGAGGCCUCUGCAACCUGUGCUCAGACAGGGCCAACAAGGAGCACAUCCUGCAGACUGGGGGUGUCCCACUCAUCAUCGACUGCCUGUCCAGUCCCAACGAGGAGACCGUGCUGUCCGCCGUCACCACGAUCAUGUACCUGAGCUCGCCGGGCUCCAGCUCCCACCCUGAGCUGACUGCCAUGCCCGUGGUCCAGUGCAUGGUGCGCUUCUCCCUCUCAGCCAACGCGAGGCUCCGGAACCUGGCCCAGAUCUUCCUGGAAGACUUCUGUUCCCCCAGCCAGGUGGCCGAAGCCCGCAGCUGGCGGGCUCACUCUGCCCUGGGGAUCCCACUACCAAGGACUGAGGCCCCGCAGCAGCCCUGAUCCAAGGAGCCCUCAGGCUGCGGCACCGGCACUGCCAGAGACAAGACCAAAAUCCCUGUGGGGACUCAGGAAGUGGGAGCAGCAAAGCUCCCACUGUGCACGUUCUCCCCAAAUGGUGCUUUGUCAGCCACUUUAAAGGCGAGUUUUCUCAGCGGGACAGGUGUUUACACUGUGAUGAAAGGCACCAGGAGAUGAGUGAGGAAGCCAUACUUUGAGACACGUGGAGAAGGAAAUUGAAGGGUGCCGUUUUGACAGGCUGACGCUCUCAACCAGCUAGAGGCAAAGGUCCUGCCUCCUGGCCCACCCCGCCACCAAGCUGUCACCCUCGUGUGAGAAGCAGCAUGUCCCUAGACCCAGAGGCUCUGCAGAUGGUGUUUCUCCUGAGGAACAGCUGGGCCUGGGGCUUAGGAGAAUUGCCUGAGCUUGAGGAAAUAGGCAUCAUACCUUAACAGAAGUGUCGGGAGUAAUUCUGAGAAAUAGAAAUGAGAAGCCUUGUUGUUAAAAGUACUUCGGGGCCCUGGGAAGCUGGGGAAGUGUUGUGUCCACUGCUGUGGAGGCCGGGUACCUGUCCUGCAAGCUCUCCAGGCUGGGUGUUGGGCAUGGUGAAUGCUGGCCUGGAGAACUCUGUGGCCCAGGAUUACACAGGCCUAUCAGCCAGGGACCAUGUUAGGGCUUCAAAGACGAAGACGUGGUUCCUGAUCUUGAGUGUCGCAGCCCAGUGACUGUUAACAUGGCCAUCAGGCAUUAAGACGGAGGCCAUGAGGGUGACACAUUAGAAUACAGGCGCAAACUGUUCGAGCUGUUGUCUUUUCCCUUCACCACUCCAUGGUACGUGCCUGGAAGCCCUGGCCUGCCUUCUCUGCCAUCAGGGUUAGUGAGGUUGGGGGGGGGGGUCCCUGUCCCUGGAAAUCUGUCUCAGGCUGGCUUCGGGGAUGCAAAUAAGAGAGGUGCUCAAGGGAGAUGGGACCAGAUACUGACAGCAAGUGAAUGGCUCAGAGUCUAGUGUCAGCUGCUCAGCACGGGGGAAAGGGUGUGGGCCCCCUUGGAAAGGUGGGGUUCAGGAGCAGUGGAAGGUCCUGGCCUCCCUUAAGGAUGACCUCUUUUUUUUCUUUUUUAAAAUUUUAUUUAUUUUUGGCUGCAUUGGGUCUUUGUUGCUGCGCACGGGCUUUCUCUGGUUGCAGCGAGCGGGGGCUACU